AUGUUCUCUCAGAAAGUUGCUCAACAGUCGCUGCGACGGCUUGCCGUCCAGCAGCCGCUCGGCAUGCAGUGGUCCAUGAUGCGGGCCUCCCCAGUCGCCGUUGCGCUUGGACAGGGUAUUCAGAAGAGACCAUCCUCCUCCAGCACCGAUGACGCCUCCCAAAUCCUGGUCAAGCAGCGUCUGAACCGCCCUGUCUCCCCGCACCUUUCCAUUUACAAGCCUCAAAUCGGAUGGAUUGGCAGUUCUCUGCACCGUGUCUCUGGUGUCGCCCUCUCCGGUACCCUCUACCUAUGGGCCACUGCAUACCUCGCCUCGCCCGCUAUCGGCUGGCACCUUGAGUCUGCCUCCAUGGUUGCUGCCAUGGGUGCCCUCCCCACCGCCGUUCAGAUCGGCCUCAAGUCCAUUUUGGCUCUCCCCUUCACUUACCACGGCUUCAACGGCCUGCGUCACUUAACCUGGGAUCUGGGCCGUGGAUUGACCAACCCCACCAUUAUCAAGUCUGGAUGGGCUGUUGUUGGCCUGAGCGUUUCAAGUGCGCUCGCUCUUGCUGCUUUCUUGUGA